AUGAUGGGUACACCAUUGCCGGCGCUUAUAAAAGGAUUUAAUAUUCCAAAUGGACAAGUUUUGAAAUUUAUUGUUCAAACUAAUGCAAUUUCUGCUUAUGGAGAUCAGAUUACAAUCAGAGAUUCUGUUUCCACCCUUAAUGAAAUGGGGAUAGGUGAGUCACAAUUUUAUGCAGCUGCUGACAACGCUUACCUAUGGAUCACUACAACAACUAACACAUCAAGCUUCUUUUUCACGUGGCAAUACAUUGAUGUCACUGGUUUCACGAAAAUUCAGAAUCCAACUGGAUCCAUCAUACCAUUGAAUCUAACUCAGAACUCUUACUAUCAAUUCACUUCUACGAAAAGUCGAGUUGCAUUUCACACUGCAAGCGUGGACAGAACCUACGACCUGUCGCUGAUUCAAGUUUAUGUUUACGAUGGAGAAGACUUGAAUUCGAAGUUUUUGGGAACUCUUCUUCAAUUUGGAGCGAGUACAAAUAUGUCAGCAUCCACUGGAAAAUCUUUAACACUCGUUAACUUCUAUGGCACACCGACGAAAUCAUACGGAAUUGCAAAUGACUACUCGGCAGUCUUCGGAUAUUUCAGUUACACUUUCUUUAUUUUAUCGAAAGGAAUCGAUUAUACCGGAAAUGGAUUAGUACCCGAUGGAUUUGAAUCAGCAGUUACAUUCUAUUGCAUUGAUUCUCAAGAAACAUACAUAAAUGAAUUGAAUAUGGAAGAUAGGAAAAAUGGAGCACAAGCAACUCAUUUUAAACCACUGACACCUACUGAUGUAUUCACAAAUCUAUUAAAUUACAACAUUGGAGACCCGAUUUCUCAAAGCCUACCACAGCAAAUCUUGACAAACACUUUCACAAUGGUAAUGUAUCAGUGUAAUCUUUAUCUAAGCCUCUCUUCUGGACCGUCGUAUAUUUGGACACUUGGGGCACCUGGCAGAAGAGGAUCAAUCAUCUCUCCAUCUGUUUGGAACCCAAGAACUUCAGUUGUUGCACCCUACUCAACUAAUAUCACUACCCAAGAGAAAGUGAAAUUUGUGUUCAACUUGCAGUCAAUAGUAGUUGAUAAACCAGGCGACAAAAUACGAAUUGAAAUUGGAUCUUCUGAUUCGAAACCAAUAUUCGUUGAAUUCAACACAACUGAUCAAAAUACUGGAGAACAGGGUGCAUAUGGGACUUAUAUGUCGACUACAUUCACAGGAACAACUGCAGGAGCUCGGUUUAUUAUGAACUUCAAAGUUGAGGAAUCCUAUAUCAAUAACGUACGGUUUUUAAAUCCAAAUGUAACAGGGCAGGAAGUUCGAGUUAAACCAAUGGGACCAUCGGAUGGAGAUUACAAUAACUUAUUGAUUUAUAAUUAUUGUUAUUCUUUUUAUGGCAUUCGUGAUUCAGUCGACCUAAGACUUCCACAACAAGUUCCUUCGAACAUUUACACUAUUGGAUUCUAUCAAUGUGAUGUAUAUCUAUCAAUUUUCACUAACCCAUUCAAUUGGAAGAAUGUAGUUGUUGGGAGAACUGGAUCAAUCAUUUCUCCGUCUCUUUGGAAUCCAAAAACCCAACUCUCAACUCCAUUCUUUACAAAUUUGACUGCAACCCUCGAUGUUCAAUUUGUCUUCGAUCUACAAUCAGUGGUGAUAGGUAAAGCUGGAGAGAAGAUCAGAAUAGAAGUAGGAUCUUUUGGAACUUCACCAAUUGGUGUGGAAUUCAAUCAGACUGCGUCGAAUACUGGAACAAAAGUAGAUCAUAUGAAGUUCAUUUUUAUUACCAUUCUCUCGAUUUUUAUCAUUGGCGUUCUAUCUUCAACGGAACAGAGCGGAUGCGGCGAGAACGAAAUAUUCAAUGAAUGUGGUUCACCAUGUGACAAAACUUGUGCAGAACCGUUCCCGACUUGCAUUGAGAUGUGUCAGGCAAGAUGUGAAUGCAAACCUGGAUUCGUUAUUCAUCCCACAACCAAAAAGUGUGUUGACAUCAAAAAGUGUCCAAAAUAG